AAAGAAACAAGCCCCAGGUUAUGUUUACAUUGAAAUCUCUGAACUGUCAGGUAAUUAUUAGUUUACAACACGUGUAAUAAAUAUUUGAUCUAUUGUUCAGAGUGGCUCUAGAUGAUUUCAAAUAGAUAAACUUCUCAGUUUUAUACAGAGGAAUAAACAAAAAUUGUCAUCAGAAUGGCAUCUUUCAUUGGAAUGGCGUUUAUACCAUAUUAUAAUCAGUUAAUGGAAAUACUUGCCACAAAUCCUGAUUUAAGGGCAAGUGCAAAAGGAAUUUUCAAACAGGUAGCAUAUGGUGCAUGUGGCACUGCUAUAGGGGGUUGUGUAGGUGGACCUCCUGGAGCUUUGGUUGGUGGCAUUGCAGGAUCAGUGUUGGGUUACUGGCAGUCUGAUGAUUAUGAUUCACUAUUAAAAGUGUUGUAUAGUUUAUCUGAUAGUGAAAAAGCAAAACUUGUUCAGAAAGUACAGGAACUAGUAGGAGGUACAGGAAUUGAGGCUUUAACCAGAUUCAUAGGAAACCAAGCUCAAAGAGAAGUCUUAUUACACCUAAUACGGAACUUUUCCAAGGAUCCACAAGGUGGAUAAAGAUGUAGAGAAGGAAUCAUUCAUGGUUUCAUAUCAUUAAUAUAAUAAAGUUAUAUAUUUUUACUAAGUCACUUUAAAAAUCAUUGAACUUGUUGAUUUUAAAUGAUUGCGUGGAAAUUAAAUUGAAUUGUUAUUUUUCGCCCUUGAAUAUACAUACAUUAUAUACACUGCUGGAAGGUGACAUUGACAUUUGUUUUAUUGUCUACCAUGAUUUUUAUUUAUAUUCUAGCUUUACAAUUAGAUAUUUAUAACUUUUUUGUUUUUAGUGGAAGAAGACGUCAAGUCUUCUGAAGACUUAAGGGGCCGACCCUUGGCAUUGAGUCUCCGUAUGCCGCAUUCAUUUCGUGUAUUACAAUUUCAAAACAACUUAAGAUUCCUGACACCGAUUUUUACACAUGAUUAGGCAUCUGAAUCAUUUAAUUUGUAAAUUAUGAUUGUAAAACAAUCACUAUCGUAAACAUGACCCUUUUAUUUAUGUAAAUUAUUAGAUUUCAUCUCGUCCACAUGAACGUUAUUUGUUUACUUGUAUCAGGAUGUUUUAACUGUAGAUAUUUGUAUUACGCAUGCGUGAAUUCGGGACAACUCGCCCUGUUUACAAGUUCGCCCUUGAAGUUACGAAUUUGCAAUCCUGCAGACAAGAAGAUUUUGUUUUUAUAUAAAUAAAAAGGAUAUAUAAAGUGUUGUCUUUAUUCAUGGUUUUCCUUUGUCAUGUGAAUUAGAUGCCCUUCGUAUUACAUACAUGUGAACCUCCCGAAGGGAGUACAAAACUCCCGUUUUCAGGGGUCUCCUCCCGUCCUCCCGUUUAGGAGAAAAAACUCCCGUGUAUGAAAUAUUUCAUGAAUGAAAAUUUUCAGACGCCAUAUUUGAUCAUUUCUUACUACUGUACGGGUGUAAUUGACACCUGUGUUAAAUUUUACCUGAACAUCAAAGAAGAUGUAUAAUUAUAUGGCUUCACUUGACAGCUUGGGUGUCAAACAUACUGGUAGUCAACGAUGUUUACCUCCGGCUAACUGCCGUUGUGUUAUCAAAACGAUGUGUUUCUUGGGAAUAUUGAAAUACUUUUUUGUUACUUCCCUUUGUUUUAGCCUGUUUUCAGUUAUUUUGCUUUCAAAAAUGUAAAUUGUAAAAAGACUAUAAAUGAUUAAUAUUUUAAUCAAAUAAUCAUAAAAUGAUGUUGAUAAAAUGAAUUUAAAUGAUUUUGGACAAAUAAAAAAAAAAAAAAUUAUAAAUUAUUUUAGCAAUCUAGACCUCCUUUCAAGGAUGACAUUGAAGUUGAUAUCAUAAAUUUGUUUUUAAUUUAUUAGAUGUCAACAUACAAUAUGUGCAACUAGACUAAUAAAAGGUCUAGUAGUUAGAUUAAUUCCUAGUAAAAUCUUGAAAUUUAACAUUUACAAAUGAUAAGGAGAUGGAGACAUGAACAAAAAUAUAUACAGAUAAGAUAUAUAAAUAUAAUGAUUCAUUUGCAAGCAGUGAACAAUCAUUUGUCAAAAUCAAAACCAAAACAAGAAACAGAUUCUUCUUAUUAUUUUGUUUUAUUCAAAUAGAGAGGCAAUAAGGGAACUAUAAACAUUACAAUUUGAUGGAAAUUUGAAGAAAAAACACAAUUUCUACAUCAUUUGGUUACAUUUACGACAAAAUUUAUGUCGAUAAAAAAACAUGAUGUUUUGACCAUUCAGUACUUAAUAGAUGCAUAGUUCUUGGGGAAAAGUUUCAUCAAAUAAUAUGAAUAUAAAUGACUUUUUUUUGUGCUCAUUUUUUACAGUGGGUUGUGAUGAUCUUCCAGUUAGUUGGAGUAUUGUUCCCAACCUGUUAAAGGUCCAUCUUUGUGCAUAAUUCAAAAUUGUAAAUUUCAACAAGCAUCUAAUAUUCUUAAUCUGGAAAAUAAACCCUGGUCUGCUAGCUUCAUGUAUAUUUUUUCUACCAAUUUAAUAUAUAACAUUGAUAUGAUCUUCUUAAUUUUACUGUCAAAUUAAAGAUUUUACCUAAUUUUCAUAGUCAAGUGAACAUAGAAAAUGAUUGUACGGAUGGGAAAUCCAUGUACUUAUGACCUUUUCUUGUUUGAAGAAAAAAAUACAUUUUAACAAUAAUGAAACAAAGCAGCCUGGGUAAGUGGGGCUGCUUUUAUGGUAAUUCAAGUUACUUUUUAUUCACCUUCUUCCACUUCAGAGCUAUCAGCUCUUUGAUUACUAUACCUACAAUGUAUAAAGUACCACAACUUGUUAGUCACAGCUUUAUACAUUUGAAAACCAAACUCAAGUGGAUUCUUAAAGAAGUUUGAUACACAUUCAUUUUUAUAAGUGAAUGCACAAUGAGUUGUUUUAAAGGAUAUCUUGGCCUAUAGUCUUGAACAAAAUGUAGUCUUUUUCGUUUUGGAAGCAUCAAAUUCCCAAAGUUGGACCCUUUGAUUGUUUUUAAGCUAUAAAAAUAUAAUCUCUCAAAUGUGAAUCAAGGUGUGCCCUUUUGUGGGGAAAAAUUGGUUUAUUGUAUAGGGAAUCACACUGAAGCAUGAAGUGAGCAGGCAUCCCUUACGCCAGUGAACACCAGCCCCUCCUUAUAAAAAGUUCUUAGAUCAGCCACUGUCUUGAUUCAAGUUGUGAGCUUGUUAUACCUACACAUCCUGCACUUGUUGGAUAACCUUUUUCCAGUUGACCAUUUUUACAUGAUUUCCAUCUUUGUUGAAUUACUGUCUGCCAUUUUGCAUCUGUUUGUGCAUAUAUGUUAAUUUAUAGUUUCUACAUUAUCGUCAUGAAAUUAUUUAUAACCCAAUAGUAAUAAUCAGAAAUAAUUUUGAUAAUCAUAUUCUUGUAUUUUCAAUAAUUAUAAAUAAUGUAUGUCCCAGAUAUAAGCUGACUGCUCAGGAUAUUUCAGAAAAAGAAUAAACUGGCAUACAGACUUUCUUCUCUAUACAAGCUGUAAAAUACAAAUGGGUAUCUAGUAAGUUGUUGAUGAUCAUCUGUUGGCCUAGUUAUACACAAUAUUUAAUUUCUUUUAUUAUAUUUUAAAUUGAAAAGGGUACAAUUGUUUUAAUAUUUUUUGCAUCUCUUCUAAAAGUACUUACUCCUGCUCUCUUGAUUUUUUGUGCAAUGCCAAGAAAAAACCCAUAUAUUAAUGGUGAUUUAUAAUCAGUGAAUUUUAGCCUUUUUUUUAUGAAAAUAUUGUAUAUGUGUAUAUGUUAUGUAUAGCUUUACAAUGUCAACAUCUAUGUGGUUGUUUUGUGUCUAUGUCAGUCAUUUUUUUUAACCAUUCCAGAGUUACUUUUCUUUGAAUAAUUAACUA